UUAACUCGAGGAAAUUUACACUUCCACCAUUACCAAUCAAAGCCAAUCAUGAAUCCUUCGCACGUAAGGUGUGUGUUGGAAUCAAAAUGUUUUCUUCAACGCCCAUCUCUGAAUUGAUAAAACCCCGAAUGGGGUUUGACUUGCAGGUAGAAUAGCCUCCUCUCUCCUUCUCUCUCUCAGCGUAAGUCACAUCUCUCUAAGAUAUUAAAACCUAUGUUUAAAUAAUAUUCCAGCAAUGAAAGUCCAUGAUGCUCACAGCUAGUUUUCACUUUCCUGUGUUUUCCUGGAAGUGUAUGUAUUUUUCUUGUGGUGCUUUCGAGUUUCCAUUUUCUUGAUCAAUGCUGGAGUCCGGUUCUCGGGCCUCUUUUGUUUUCCUUUCUUUUCUGUUAUAUUCACUUGUUGGAUAAUUUUUGAUCAUCAAUAGCUGAAGAUUUUUCGGUGCAUAUGAAAAUCCUAACCAUAGAGUUCCAAUUCAGUUAAUAUGCAAAGUAACAGUUUCUCGGUCUCCUUAACUUGCCAUUCUCUGUCAAAUUGUGAUCUUGGUCCAUCUGAGAUUAUUGGAGUCUAACUCCUCGUACUCUUUGCUCAAUUGUCCGUAUUGUUUCUGUUGUUCCUAUUUGGUGAUUUUCUGUUGUUGUGGAUCGAAAUACUUUCUUUUCUGAUUUCCAUACCUCUCUCUCUCUCUCUCUCUCUCUCUCUCUCGAUCCAUGGCCUGAAACUCGAAACAAGUAUCCAAGUAUCCAAGCCACAAAGGUCCAAACGGAGCUAGUUUUUCCGAAAAUCAUCUAAUAUUUUUAGACCUAAGCUCCUCUCUCUCUCUCGAUCCAUGACCUGAAACUCGAAACAAGUAUCCAAGCCACAAAGGUCCAAACGGAGCUAGUUUUUCUGAAAAUCAUCCAAUAUUUUUAGACCGAAGCUCCAGUUGUUAUAGCGAUCUCUCGUGAUACUUUUUUUUUUAAUAGGAGUUUCAUAUGAGUUUUCAAAGUUCAGGUUGUAAUUUUAUACACCGUUAAAGUGUUGGGUUUUUUUUUUCGUCCUUGGUCAAAGUCAGUAUAUAAGUGUUGAUAAAAUUUUCCAAGUUCUGAUACUCAAAUAGCUUUGCUGUUACAGUAAUAAUCCCAUCAUUGGAUUUAGCGUAUGAACAUUUUUUUGCAACUCGAGUUUACUCGAUUUGAGUACCACAUGAUAUCCCCUCUAUACUUGAAUCUUAGUUACGCAUAUAUGCACUCAUACCAUUGAAGAAUCUGCUAAUUUAGUGCCAAGUUGAUUUCCGAUUGAUCCCUUUCACAAGAAUAUUGUGUCCCUACUUUGCUCUUGCCUACAAAACUCAUUCUUUGAAUCUAUCUUAGCCUGCUCAAAGUGUGGACCUAAAUGUCAAUUAUAUGUGGCCUCCCUCUCCUUGAGUGUGUUUAUUGCCUUGCAUGCGCCCGCUGGGCUUGGAAACGAUGUCUCCACACUGCAGGACAUGAUAGUGAGACUUGGGGCAUUGCCUCAGCUGAAGAAUUUGAACCUGUCCCUCGCCUUUGUCGCUACCUUCUUGCUGUAUAUGAAGAUGAUCUAAGGCAGCCCCUUUGGGAGCCUCCUGGCGGGUAUGGAAUUAACCCAGAUUGGGUAAAACUGAAAAAAACUUAUGAAGAUACCCAAGGACAGGCUCCUCCCUAUAUACUAUAUGUCGAUCAUGAUCACUCUGAUAUAGUUCUUGCCAUUAGGGGUUUAAACUUGGCAAAGGAGAGUGACUACGCUGUUCUCUUGGAUAAUAAGCUAGGAAAGAGGAAGUUUGAUGGUGGCUAUGUUCACAAUGGGCUAUGGAAUGCCGCUAAAUGGGUCUUGGAUGCAGAGUGUGAGGUGUUGAAGGACUUGGUGGAAAAGUAUCCAAAUUAUACUUUAACUUUGACAGGGCAUUCCCUUGGAGCAGGUGUUGCAGCAUUGCUGACGAUGGUGGUGGUUCAGAAUCAGGAUAAAUUGGGACACAUUGAAAGGAAGAGGAUUAGGUGCUAUGCUAUUGCGCCUGCCAGAUGUAUGUCACUGAAUGUAGCAGUCAGAUAUGCAGAUGUCAUCAAUUCUGUUGUGCUACAGGAUGACUUCUUACCACGGACAGCCACACCCUUGGAAGACAUUUUCAAGUCACUUUUCUGCUUGCCAUGCCUGUUGUGCCUAAGAUGCAUGAGAGAUACCUGUAUACCUGAGGAAAAAAUGCUCAAAGAUCCAAGGAGGCUCUAUGCACCUGGUCGCCUCUACCACAUAGUUGAGAGAAAGCCUUUCAGGAUGGGAAGGUUUCCUCCAGUUGUGAGGACUGCGGUACCAGUAGACGGGAGGUUUGAGCACAUAGUUCUGUCUUGUAAUGCCACUUCUGACCAUGCCAUCAUUUGGAUAGAGAGAGAAGCUCAAAGAGCACUGGAUUUAAUGCUUGAGAAAGAUCGGAUCACUGAAAUUCCAGAAAAGCAAAGAAUGGAGCGGCAGAAGACUUUAGUUAGAGAACACACUGAAGAGUAUAAAGCAGCACUACAAAGGGCUGUAACACUGGAUGUGCCACAUGCUUUUUCUCCUAAACAGUAUGGAACUUUUGAUGUGCCUGAGGAAGGAGAGCACUCAGAGUCAGACAGAUCAAUUGGUGAAUCUUCUCUAGGUUCGUCUGAGAAAAGCAGGAAAAAGGAAAGCUGGAAUGAAAUCACUGAGCGUCUCUUGGACAAGGAAGAGUCAGGUCACAUUGUUAUCAAGAAAUCUCAUAUGGAUGAUUGAUGUUGGGAUUUAAGUAAUAUAUGAGAAAGAAGGCAAAGUUUGCGGUUGACCCUAUUCAUUGAUCGAUUGUAACAUUUUUUUCCCCCAUUGAGCUACUUACCAAAAAAAAAAAAAAAAAAACAAGGGCAAAAGAAAUACGAAGACGCGAAUUGUUUUGAUUGGAAAAACGUGGGCUGGUGCUAGCCAUUUACUUUUUAGACAUGUGCCCGCCCCCUUUCAUUUAGCUUUUGGAAAUUAUCAAACAUUGGAAGGUUAUUCUUUUGAAAGGCAAAAGAAUUCAAUUCUGCAUUGCGACAAUUUCAGAGUAUCAACAUCCUACCAAACGCAGCGAAGGUACAUAAACACAAAUGUGACCUCUCUGCUUUUCUGUCACAGCCCAAGGAAGAACUCGAGCUUUGGGCAAGAAGGCAGUGGGCCACGGCCAUCAUUUAUUUCCUAUUAUGUUCUUAGUUAUUUUUUUACUUUGGGUUGUAACAGAUAUUGGGCCUUGGCCUGUAAUAUUUGAACCCUUUACAUUUAAAUUUUCCUUUGUCGAAUUAGGCCAGUAUGGGACAUCACUAUGGAAGGAGCAUUCCUUGCUCAGCGGCAAUCUUAUCGAAAGGCAUUGGAAUUUUCUGGUUUCUUCUCCA